GUUUCAGAUUGUUGUGAAAACCCACACAAGAUAAGCGGAAAAGUUGCCAGCACAAGCAAAAAAUCCGACAAAAAUAAUAAAAUUCCAAGUCAACAAAACUCAGAAUAUCACGUAUCUGUCAGAUACGAAAUACAGUCGUGUCGUGUUGGUAGCUCCGGAAAAAUUCUUUAGUUUAGCGGAACACGUAGGCCAGAGAAGCCAUGGAGAAAAACAGCAGUUGGAACUGGAGCAACAAGGGAAUACUGGUCAAGUGCGGAGGGUUCUCAUCGCAGCUGGCUAGGAAUGUCGCCGAGAAAGUGGAUGGAGAUCCAUUGUGGGGAUCCCGAUUCGAUGCCACAAACCCGGAGGCUGUGAUUAAAACGCAUCUCGACUUUCUGAGCAGUGGAGCGGAUAUCAUUCUAACCAACACGUAUCAGUCCAGCGUGGAGGGCUUUGUCAAGUACCUGGGCGUGUCCGCAGGUCGGGCGGUAGAACUGAUCCAAAAGAGUGUGGAACUCGCGAAGGAGGCCAAAAAGCAGUACCAUACAGAGACCGGUUUAGGAUUGGAAUCGGCUCUGCCGCUGAUCUUGGGCUCUAUAGGUCCCUAUGGGGCAUAUCUCCACGAUGGAUCAGAGUAUUCCGGCAACUACGCGGACAAGAUAAGCAAGGAUGAGCUGAAGGAGUGGCACAGGACCAGAAUCGAGAUAUGUCUGGCCGCUGGGGUCGAUGGAUUGGCCCUGGAAACCCUUCCCUGUCAGUUGGAAGCGGAGGCUGUUGCCGAAUUUGUACUCGAGAACUGCCCGGAUGCGAAAUUCUGGGUCUCUUUUCAGUGCAAGGACGAAAAGAGUCUGGCGAGUGGUGAAUCCUUUGCGGAGGCAGCUCUCUCCAUAUGGCGACUGGUGAAAAACCACAAGGCUGAGGACCGGCUCCUUGGAAUCGGUGUCAACUGUGUGAACCCACUUUUUGUGACACCCUUGCUAACAUCCCUCACGAAAGCUGCUGGACCAGAUCGAGUCCCACUGGUGGUCUACAGCAACCGCGGCGAGAUUUACGAUGCGGAGCAGGGCGAAUGGACUGGAACCGGCGAGGAAGUGGUCAAAUUUGUACCCGAGUGGCUGCAGCUGGGCGCUCGCAUCGUAGGCGGCUGUUGCCGAGUCUAUCCGACGGAUGUUUUGGCGAUCCGCAAGUACGUCGAUAGCCUCAACAUAAAGUCGUAAUCGGUCGAGCACUCUGCGAACUGAUAGCCGACUUGUCGUGGACGCGAAAGCCGUUUCGUGUGACUAGACCUAGACCUAUUUAGUUUGCUAAACACACAUGCACAUUUUGUACCCAGAUCAGAUGGGCUGCCUAAUCAGCAGAGAGUGGAACGAAGCGUGGACGGCCGGGCCGGGAGACAAAAACAGAUUAAACGGGCGGACCAAAGGUAAACAAGUGGGCUGGGGACAGGGGCUGGCGGUCACCCAGCGACUGUUUUGCACACCUAGCUCAAUUUAAGUCGGCAUCCAAAUCGGAAAAAUCUGAUUCAACUUUUAUACAAGCAUUUGUCCUUUUAAAUAAAGUGUAUUCCGUUUUUACUCUUCA